UGCCCGGCGCAGCCGACAUUGCACAUUCGUACCCGUACACAUCGCACCCACACACAAACGAAAUCACACAUCGCCGCACACGCAACCCUUUCGAUUUUCAUCCACAUUUUCACCUAACAAUACUCUUACAACCCUCACUAGCGUAAAUCAAUCAGUCCACAUUCACGCUGCGCGUUGUAUGCAGGUCAUUCUGCUAUUUAUUACAUUAUACAUUACACUACCGUCUGUUUUAUGUUAAUACCCAUUACACUUUCGAUUUAGUGUCUUACUUGGUUGGCUGUUUCGAGCAUUUUUGAGUUACUACCGUGUGCCGAAGUGAACGGAGUGCGAAUUGUAAGCGCAAGUGCAUGAAAUGUGGGCACAUUUCACCUCGACCUUCUCAACUCGCCCGCGGCUCGUGUACGCAUUGCCUGGUGUUGAAGAGAACGAACGCAACACGAAUGGAAUUGAAUGAAAUUUAGAAAGUGCUACCGCUACCACACACUCUAAGAUAAGCAGAACGCGACAAGACAACGCAGUCAACAAUAACGUCCACGGCCAGUUCCACCGCGUUGCUCACUUCGUCUACGGCUCAAACAUUUGCAAAUCAGCAAAAUGAUAACUUUAUAAUGAAUAAACCGCAAUACUUUCCAAACAAGUAUUAAUAAUUUGUGUAAAAGUGUCUCAAGUGUAAAUGUAUCUCAGUGAAUACGCGUGGAAAAUGGGUGCAAAACGGCCGAUCGCAGUAACACGUUCUCUCCUCUGCCAGCGUUGGUCCUUUCCGUUUCCAAUCUUCUGCUAUCUGGGCCUGAUGCUCACCUUCUGGCUGCUAUCGGUACCUCUUAAACCACAUAUUCGAAUUCGGAUCCCGAAUGAUUCUCCGAUGGAUAUUCGACUAGGCGCUGAAGAUACUUUUGAGAUUCGAUUGAAGAAUAGCAAUUUCAAUUCGGAUUAAUAAUAAAACCCGAGUGGAGGCGGUGAUGAAAAGAACGCGGAUCCGAUGAAUGAUCCGAGGAAUGAGUAUUUGAUUAACGUGGAUAAUAAAGAGAACUUGCAUAAAGAUCAGGCGGAAAUUCUGGAGGAAGUUUUUCGAAAAGCGGAUAAAGACAAAAACAAUAAGUUGGAUUCGCGUGAGUUGGCUGAAUGGAUUCGGAGAAAAAUCGUCGAGCAUAUUUCUUGGGCGGUGAGCAAUAAUUAUGGCCUUUUUACGCUGAUUGAUAGGAACCCCCGUAAUGGCGUCGUCACCUGGAAGGAAUAUCAUGCGUACUUUUUGAAAAAGCGCGGUUUUAGCCGGAAGUAUGUCAAGCACCAUGAUGAAAAACGACACAAGGGAUUAGAAAGGUCAUUAAAAGAGCAAAUAAUGAGAGAUAAAGCUUCGUGGAUGGAAGCAGCACGUUCCAAUCCAGAUGCUCUCACUUUGGACGAGUUUUUGGCAUUCACUCACCCUGAAUCUAGCGCUACAAAUCAUUUGGCUUUGGUGGAUGAGCUCUAUGACAAAUUUGACAGAGAUGGCGAUGAAUUACUAACGGAAGACGAAUUUGCCAUUCUUCAAACUGAAGGUGCUGAAGAUGAAACAGUUGUAAUCCGUCAAGAUGAAAACGAACGCCGCGCGGAGUUUCGUAAAAACGUCGAUUUAAAUGGCGAUGGAAGAGCUGACCGCCGUGAAUUGCUUCGUUAUGUUGCUCCGCAGAGUCCACGACAUAGUGAACAUGAAGCUGAAGCUCUCCUGGCUCUUGCUGAUAACGAUCAGGACAACAUGCUCUCUUUAGACGAAAUACUCUCGCACCCGAAUCUGUUCCUCAAAUCCAAGAUGGUGGACACCGCGCGAAGCUUCCACGAUGAAUUUUAGCAAAUACUCUCGAUCACCGUCCUCUCCACGUUCACCCAACCCGAGGAGCUCUGACCCAUGGAGCUCCCAAGUUGAGCGCGUGCGUGAUACUUGUUUAUCUUUUAAAUAAACUUGAAUUAAACUAAGGUACUACUAUAACGUACUAAUCUAUGUGAAUACGUUAGAAGCACCUUGUCAAUAUGGAAUUAUUUUCUUGCACAUUAGGGACGACUAUCAAUUAUUACACUAAACGUCACGAUGAGAUUUUAUUUAUAAGGCAAACGAAAAGACUGCUAAUUUUAUUAAUUAAUUGUAAUGUUAUUUAUAUAAGUAUAAUGUACAUAAAGAUGGUUCAUGUUUUAAUGAAGUACGCAAUCGAUUGUUAGUAGAAGGUAAUUUGAAGUUAUUGGAAGCUGGAUAAUGUGUUGUAGGAUGACAUUCAGAAUAAAAUUACUUAGAGCACUUCUAAA